AUGGAGACUGACGGAUUUGUAAGGAAGCGGCGGAUGACCCUGGAGUCGUCAGACAGUGACCCACGGGUCGCUGGUGCGUCUGCAGGGGCAGAAGUCCGGUGGCUCGGAGAACAACCGGAGGAGGCAGAGGUGGACUAUGAGGGGCUGCCACAGAGCGCGUCCACAAGGACUCACAUGUUGGCUGGAGCUGUGGCGGGGAUCAUGGAGCACUGUCUCAUGUUUCCUGUGGACUGUGUCAAGACACGUAUGCAGAGCCUUCAGCCUGAACCAGCUGCUCAGUAUCGAAAUGUGAUGGACGCUCUUCGGCGGAUUAUAGCAACAGAGGGAGUGUGGCGGCCACUCAGGGGGCUGAAUGCAACAGCUAUUGGGGCAGGACCUGCUCAUGCACUAUAUUUUGCCUGCUAUGAGAAACUCAAAAGAACUCUCAGUGAUGUCAUACACCCAGGAGCAAACAGUCAUUUGGCUAAUGGUGCGGCGGGGUGCGUGGCCACACUGCUUCAUGACGCAAUAAUGAAUCCUGCAGAAGUGGUAAAGCAGCGCAUGCAAAUGUACAACUCUCCAUACCGGGGCGUAUUGGACUGUAUUGCUGCUGUGUGGCAGAAAGAGGGCGCUGCUGCGUUCUACCGCAGUUACACCACUCAGCUCACCAUGAACGUGCCCUUCCAGGCCUUCCACUUCAUGACCUACGAGUACCUCCAGGAGCAGCUCAACCCUCACAGACAGUAUAAGCCCUCUUCUCACAUGGUGUCCGGGGCUCUGGCUGGGGCCCUCGCAGCUGCAGUCACCACGCCUCUGGAUGUGUGCAAGACUCUGCUCAACACACAGGAGUCCUUGGCCCUGAGCUCCGGUCACGGCCAAUCUGCCCACAGACAUAUCUCAGGCUUAGCCCAUGCUUUCCGGACCGUCUAUAGGCUGGGCGGCCUGAGGGGCUUUUUCAAAGGCGUACAGGCCAGAGUCAUUUACCAAAUGCCCUCAACAGCCAUCAGCUGGUCUGUGUACGAGUUCUUCAAGUAUGGACUCACUAAACAUCAGCAUGACAAGAGGAGAGCGCAGACACAUCUGGAGGCAGAGAUGUAA